GACCAUGGCCGAGCAGAAGAUAAUAUCGGCGGAUUUUGAAGUCUUCGGACGCGUUCAGGGAGUCUUCUUCAGGAAAUACACCGUCCAGACCGGCAAGCAGCUAGGCCUGAGAGGCUGGUGCAUGAACACCAAACACGAAACAGUAUUGGGACACAUGGAGGGCAGCCAGGAAGCUGUCAAUCAAAUGAAGCACUGGCUAGCGAAUGUUGGCAGUCCCAGCAGCAAGAUUGAAAAGGUUGAUAUCAGGAAUGAGAAGAGUGUGACCAAGUAUUCCAUUGAGUACAAUGACUUUAAAGUUCAUCGUUAAAAAUAAGAUAAAAUACUCGAUCUCGAUCUGUUUCUUUUUAAAUUACGCUAAAUGCUGAAGUGAUUUUAAAUUGAGCAAACAUUUGUAUAUAAAAAUAAUCUAAU